CUCGACUUAAUAUGUGAACAAAUUUCUCAUUUGAUCUCCUUUUUAGAGUUUAGACCACAUAAGUAUCUCCUGUUUAGACCACAUAGAAGUAGGAAAGAAUAUGGACGAGGCAGAUCACUUAAGAGAAUGGGAAGGGUACGUAGACUGGAAGAACAGGCCAGCUUUAAGAGGGAAACAUGGCGGCGUGCUAGCUGCAUCAUUCGUCCUAGCUGUGGAGAUACUGGAGAAUUUAGCGUAUCUGGCCAAUGCAAGCAACCUCGUGCUGUAUCUCCUGAGAUUCAUGCACUUUUCUCCAUCCAGUUCGGCCAACAUUGUGACCAACUUCAUGGGCACAGCUUUCCUCCUUGCUCUCCUUGGCGGCUUCUUAUCUGAUGCAUACUUCACCACCUACUGCAUAUAUCUGAUAAGUGCUAUAAUUGAAUUCAUGGGCCUUUUGAUCCUUACACUGCAAGCUCAAAGACCCUCACUCAGGCCACCAAGCUGCAUGCCAACAAACAGAAACACAGUAUGUCAGGAAUUAGAAGGAGCAAAAUCCGUCAUGCUGUUUGCAGGCCUGUAUUUGGUGGCACUGGGCGUUGGAGGCAUUAAAGGCUCAUUGCUCACACAUGGAGCCGAGCAAUUUGAUGAUACCAUUCCAGAGGGAAGAAAGAAGAGAUCAACAUUUUUUAAUUAUUAUGUCUUUUGCCUGGCUUGCGGGGCACUGAUUGCAGUAACCUUCGUCGUAUGGAUUGAGGAUAAUUGGGGAUGGCAGUGGGGCUUUGGAAUUUCCACGGCAACAAUACUUAUCUCCAUUUUAAUUUUCCUCAUUGGCUCCACCACAUACAGAAAUAGAGUUCCUAGAGGAAGCCCCAUGACAUCAAUACUCAAGGUUUUAACUGCAGCAGUUUGCAACACCUGCAUCUGCAAAAGUCCUUUUAGUACAACCACGGACACUCAAAAACGCGGUGAGGGAGACCUACAUCAUGCUAAUCAACAAGAAGCAGCCCAGUUUUCAUCAGAAGCAGAGUUCCUUAACAGAGCACUGCACGAAAAUCCUGAUUAUCCAGCACUUGAUUGCACUGUCACAGAAGUAAAGGAGGUAAAGAUAGUACUCAAGAUCCUCCCAAUCUUCAUGUCGACUAUAAUGCUCAACUGCUGCCUUGCUCAGCUAUCCACCUUUUCAGUCCAACAAGCAGCCACCAUGAACACUAAAAUUGGAUCUCUACGUGUCUCACCAGCUUCUCUUCCAGUAUUCCCUGUCCUCUUCAUUAUGGUACUCGCACCAAUAUACAACCACAUUAUCAUUCCAUUUGCGCGGAAGGUGACCAGAACUGAGACGGGUAUCACUCAUCUACAACGAAUUGGAACGGGCCUAUUCCUCUCCAUUGUGGCCAUGACAGUUGCAGCUCUAGUUGAAAUGAAACGCAAGAAGGUGGCAACCCUAUAUGGCCAAUUAAAUUCCACAAAACCUCUCCCAAUCACAUUCCUUUGGGUAUCAUUGCAAUACUUAUUUCUCGGGUCUGCUGAUCUUUUCACCUUGGCUGGCAUGAUGGAAUUUUUCUUCACCGAGGCUCCACUUAGCCUGAGAUCUCUAGCAACAUCCCUCUCCUGGGCCUCACUGGCAACAGGCUACUAUUUCAGCUCAGUGCUUGUAUCGACAGUGAAUCGGGUCACCAGAACCUUUGGAAACACACCAUGGCUCUAUGGCAGCAACAUAAAUUAUUAUCACCUGGAAAGAUUUUACUGGCUGAUGGGUAUUUUAAGUACUCUGAACUUCCUGCAUUUUCUUUUCUGGGCUAAUCGUUACAAGUACAGAUCUACAAGGUCGGGAAAUGAAUAGGGAAUGCAAAUUAUCGUCCUGCUCAAGAAAUUUCUUGAUAAUUAAUGAUGUAUUUUACUUAUUACCGAUUCUGUUAGAAUAUAUUAUAUGAUUCGAUUAAAUUCUCCUCCUAACACUUUCGAGUUUUAGGAGACAGUUUCUCAUGUUAGUUGAAGGAAGUGCAAUAUUGUAUCAGCACAAAAAUGGUAAUUUGAAUAUGUCAUUAUUUACUUAUUA